UAAUUACUGCCCAUCUCUAACAAUGUGAAACAACGUGUAUUGUGAAAAGUGCUAUACAAAACAAAGAAAAAAAACUGAUGUGACGUCACUACUGUAAAAAGGAAGGGUCACUAGUAUACCACAAAAUUCAGUAAUGCACACAUUUUUUUUUUUUUUUCUUUUUCUACAGAGUACCUUGUGCAAAUAACAAACACAACUGUUUGCGGAUGUAAUAUUAUAUUUGACAUUUGCAAUAUGAAGCUAUGGCAGAAUUUUUGGGAGGUCAUAGCAGGUUUAUACUACAAGUGCAAACAAUACUGAAACAAUUGAACAAUUAUUCAGCCCAUCAGAUGACAGAAGCCACCCCUUCUGCCACAUAUCCACAUCCUGCUACUCAGGAUAUGUUGUGUGUCUUUGCUGGGAGCUCAGCUGUACUUUAGACCAGUGCUGUUUAAUUUUAUGCAUCACAGUACCACUAAAAUGAUCUUCUCAAUAGUUAUUCUUGUGCUUAUUUCUGUCACUGCAUCGGAAGAGAAAGAGAAGACUUCAACAACCCAGACAUCCACUGACAUGAUAGACCCUGGAAAUUCUUCUGAGUCACUGACUACAACACAACAAAUCAUAAUCCAACAAACAACGGAUGUUACAAGCAACACUCAGACAACCACUUUACAAUCUACUUGGCUGCCCCAAGAAUCUGUUCUGACAACGUCAGAAUCUGCGAUCACCACAGUCGGCUCAAUUGAAACAACAUUUCCAGAAAAACCAAACGGCACAGUCACAGAGACAGAGCUGUCUAAAAGUUCAACGACCCAGACACCCACUAAUAUGACAGAUCCUGGAAAUUCUUCUGAGUCACUGACUACGACACAACAAAUCAUAAUCCAACAAACAACGGUUGUUACGAGCAACACUCAGACAACCACUUCACAAUCUACUUGGCUGCCCCAGGAAUCUGUUCUGACAACGUCAGAAUCUGCGAUCACCACUGUCGACACAACUGAAACAACAUUUCCAGAAAAACCAAAUGGCACAGUGACAGAUCAGGGAGGCAGAGAACAAGAUGUGGCAGCAAAUGCAGGACUCAUUGCAGUGCUAUGUAUUUUCAGUAUUGUAGUGGCUGUAAUUGUUGUGGUUGUGAUCGUGAAAGCUGUUCGCUCCAGAAGUCCACAGUUUGAGAGGCUUGAUGAUCUACCAUUGGGCAAGAUAAAUGAGAAUGCACCAUUUGCCCACUACCCUCCAAAGUGAAUGCCAGUUUCUGUCUAAUGCCUUUUUUUUUUUUUUUUUU